CCCCCCCCCCGCGCCUCACCCCGCCCGCGGUCGCCAUGGCCGGCUACUGGGACAUCCCGGAGGGCACCGCCUGCCCGCAAAAGGCCUGGCUGCUGGGCCGCCUCGGCGCCGGCAUCGGUUUGCUUGGUUCAGCCUCCUACAUUAUUCUGUCCCCACCAGACACAGCCCUGCAAGCUGCUCAGAGGGUCACGACAGCGACAGUCACCAUGGCUACUUUAGGAGCCGUCUUUGGAGCGACCACGUGCCUCAGUGCACAGAUCCGAGAUGCACCAGACGACCCCCUGAACUACUUCAUCGGUGGCUGCUCGUCUGGUAUCAUCCUUGGAGCGAGAGCUCACAGCUUUGCCACCGGUACGUCGGCCUGCGUCAGUCUUGGCCUCGUGGCUGCGCUUACCAAAAUGGGCAAGAUGGAGGGCUGGAGAUUCCUGACGCCUCCCUGAAUGUCAGCCCAGAGCCUGCCCCUCUGUCCUGUCCAGUAACGGUCCUGCUGUGUGCCCCAUCCCUGGAUGCCAGCAAGCCAUAUGGAGAACACUGGCACAUCCCUAUCUGGACAUCUGCUGCGCUGGAGUCCUUCAUCCCUCCAAACAGAAGCUGCUGCAAUGGGGCUGUGUGGACAGACUGCUGUGUAGAUUCCCAUCAGCUUGCAUCCGUCUCUUCAUUGAAUAAUUCAGAUCUCGAGAUCUUUGUGUAUCUAGGGCAGGUGAUUAAAGUCUUUACAACACACACAAUA